AAUAUCCCUUACGAAAAUUUACCAUGGUUUUACUACAGUUAAAAUUGAAAAAUCAUGGUUUUACUACAGUUAAAACAAUAAAAACGAUUAACUGUAGUAAAACAAUGGUUAUCACAAAAUAAACAUGGUUUUGAAAACCAUGUUUUUUGUAAAAACCAUAGUAAACGAUGGUUACUGUAGUAAAACCAUGGUUUUGCCCUAAGUAAUCAAUGCACCUAAAAAAAUCAUGGUUACUACACUUGUACCACAAAAAAACAUGGUUAAUUUUCGUAAGGGUUGGAGAGACAAUUUUAGUAACGGUUCUUCUCAGUUUCUUUUUAUUGUUAUCAGAAAUAAUCUACAGGCACUCUAUUGUUUGUGAAUGUGUACCGUAAGUUCACAAUUCAAAUGCGCAGUAACUUGUUUAUGUUGUUGUUCCAGUGAAAUUAAAAAUGAAAAAUUCUUAUUUUUUCAUGAAAUAUUGCAGCGUUCACAGUAAAUAGCUUAUCAAUGUGGGUCAUUUUCUUUUUUUUGGCCGGAGUCUGCUGCCAGCUUCGUUUCAAAAUCAAUGCAACAACUGUUUUACACAUCCAAUCAAUUCGCAGUGAAAAAUGCAAGCCACGCCCAAUUGUCUCACUCGGAAAUGUGUCAGAAUACGGAAGUAAAAACGAUCGCAACCUCCGGUUCACGGAAUAUUAAUAUAAGUAUCAGAGCCCCAAUGUGAAGAUAGCCUACAUGUUCACACAAAUAUGCCCUAAUAUACACAUGUUUAUUGUAUUACACAAUUCUGAAAACACACAUUUAAACCAUUUUCUUUGCAUAGAGCACAGUCCAUCUCUCCUCAGCAACAAACACAAUCAAACAAGAGCACAUAUUAUUCACCUGAAUGUAAAGUGCUGUCUGUGAAAUUGGAAGAUGUGAGCAUUUGGACACAGGGCUCAGAGCAGGGAGUCCAAUUAUCCCCCAUCCUUCCUUUCCCAUCUGCACACAGACUUCCUCCAUAGUAUCUGUUCAGAAAGUGUGGAAAAAAACAAUGGAUUUUCACGCAUGGUGAUGAGAUCCUUAAGCAAGAAAUACAGAGAAAGUGGUCUUGUCUCAUUCAUGGGGAUCAUGUAUGGAGAUGGAGACCGGCUCGGACCCCCACGUAGGGAUUGCCUGUGUUACCUGGGACCACCGACCUCCUUGAUGCCCAUCGGGAUGCGCAAAUCCCCCGAUGUGAGCCCCAGACGGCUGUCCGACAUCAGCCCCCAAUUACGCCAGCUUAAGUACCUGGUGGUGGAUGAAUCGAUUAAAGAGGACCUGAAGUCAUCUCGGUCAGUAGAGGACAUCAACAGCGCGUCCAUCGAGGAGAGGAUCUUGAGAAUUACAGGCUAUUAUGGUUACCAGCCGUGGAAUGCAGUUUAUAAGAGGGAGGACCGACCACGGGAGAACAUCACGAGUACGGCCGAUGGACAGGCGAUGGGGGGCGGAGCGGGGGCGGAGUCUAGUACAGGGAAGCAGAGAUUACGCUGCUGUGUGCGAGUGACAGCCGUCCAGGUGCGAAAAGCAAUAUGGGGCGUGGCCAUGGUGAUAUGCGUGUGCACGUCAUGGGCAGGCUCCACCCAGCUGGCUAAACUGACCUUCAAGCAGUAUGAUGCACCAUUUACUCUCACGUGGUUCGCCACUACGUGGAACUGCCUCUUCUUUCCGCUGUAUUACAUUGGUCACCUGUGCAAAGGCCCAGAAAAACAGUCACCAAAACAGAGAUUCAGAGAGUGCUGCCGGUUCUUUGGGGAUGAUGGACUGACGGCGAAGGUGUUCUUCACUAAAGUGGUCCCUUUUGGGCUGUUGUGGAUCCUGACAAACUACCUGUAUCUCCAGGCCCUGAGAAAGAUCAACACCACUGAUGUGUCGGCUCUCUUCUGCUGUAACAAAGCCUUUGUUUUUCUACUAUCCUGGAUCGUGCUGCGGGAUCGCUUCAUGGGCGUCCGGAUUGUUGCUGCCAUUCUGGCCAUUGCUGGAAUAGUGAUGCUGACAUACGCCGAUGGGUUUCACAGUCAUUCGGUUAUAGGAAUCACACUGGUGGUGGCUUCAGCAUCUGCCUCCGCUCUCUACAAGGUGCUUUUCAAGCUUGUCCUGGGAAGUGCCAAAUUUGGAGAAGCAGCUCUGUUUCUGACUAUUGUUGGAGGCGCAAACUUUGUUUUCAUGAGCUUUGUGCCAGUUAUCCUGUACUUCACACAUGUUGAAUACUUCACAUCUAUAUAUGAGCUCCCUUGGGCUUUCCUGUGUGGAGUAGCUGGUCUCUUACUAGCAUUUAAUAUUCUGGUGAACUUUGGAAUCGCUGUUACAUACCCAACACUGAUUUCACUUGGCAUUGUUCUGAGUGUCCCUGUCAAUGCAAUGGUGGACCUGUACACUUGUGAUAUUCACUUCAACACAGUGCGUCUCAUUGCUGUGUUUAUCAUCUGCCUGGGCUUCCUCAUGCUGCUCCUACCAGAGGACUGGGAUCAAUGUCUGAUUGAACUCGGCACCAAACUCAGAAAACGCGAACAGCCCGUUGAGCCGGCUGAGACGGUAGGCGGGCUCAACUGGACCCGACGGGCCAGGACCUCCAUGUCCACGUUUUCACACUGACACACGCUUGUGUCAUGUUCAAGAGACUGGAUGGUGUUUGGAAUAGUUCAUCCCAUCAUCUUCAGUAAACAAGGCUCUCUAGGAAUGGCUGUAUUUGCCAUGAUGACAAAAAAUCUUUUUUUUUUAAUUCUCCCUUCUGUCAGUGGAUGUCAACAAUGAUAAUGAAUUGGGAAACUUAAGCCAGACAGCUGUUACCACCAAUGUGACUAAUGCCCACAAUUUCAAGUCGCUGCCGAUCGUGAUUUUUUUCUUCGAUUCAUUUCAUUGUCUGUCAUUUUACUGUUCAUAAACGAAAAGUUCAGAAUGAAAAAAAUCUGAAUUCUUUUACUCACUUUAACAUGAUGGCAUUUUAUUUCCACGUCUACAUAAAAAAUAAGUUUUAUUAAAUAUUCUUAUAAAAACACUAUUAUAAAUUUAAAUUCAUAAUGUUUUGAGAAUAAUCUCAAUAGGACCUUUAAUUUUAUAAUGUAAAUUUAUGUCCGCAUUCUUACUUAUUCUGAUUGUACAACUGUGUUCUUGAAAUCUUAGAUUUUUAUUUUUUAUAAUUUUUUAAUUUUUAUAAUUUUUUCAUUAUUUUAACCUUUACAACUUGACAUUUUAUGUGGAUCACAAAGAAAUGUUCAAUACUUUGUUUGAUAUUUUCCAUGCAUUAUUAUUGCAGAACAUGCGACUCAUGCACUUAUGGUAAUUGAAACCAUACAAAAGCUUUCUGUAAUGGAACAAAAAGAGAAAAUGUUUUCUUAAUUUUGUUUAAAUUGUUCAAGUAGCAGCUCAUACAGGUUUAACAGAAAGGUUAGCAAAUAAUAAAUAUUUUAACUUUUUAUUAGUAAAGUUCACAUUAUCAAUCUGACAAAUCAUGUGCCAAACAUUGAUAUAACGUAUGAACCGUAACAUCUAUCAACCUAAGGAUUUCAUCUCCCAAACUGUGAAACUCGUGUUGGACAACGGCAACAUCCAGAGUCUCCUACGGGGGGCACCAAGAAGUCCAAACUGUUUACACGGAAUAAAUUCCUUGUCAUAUCCAUUACAGUUUUACUGAAUCACAUGCUAAUCACUGUGAGGACACUUCAGGGUCAGUGUUGGCAAGUGAAGAGACUUUCCUCAGUCACACAACCGGCAAUGGGGCCACAGACGUCCUGCGAAUGUAUGACCAGUUCUGAAAAGUGCACCCAUACUACGAACUUUCCUAAAGUGGUGACCAGAACUGAAACUGCACUUUUACAUGUGCAACAUAUUCAAAUACACACCCUGCACUUCAUAAGACUCGAAUAUUAUUAUUUUUUUAAUUUCUCGAUCUUAUGGACUGUCCCAUUGAAAGGGAAUUCGAUCUACAGGAAACCGCAUGCAGAAAAUGCCAACAAACCCUAGCUGACAGCUUCACUGCCUUUGAUUUGCAAUAGAAACUCAUCAGCACUGUCUCCCAUUGUCAUUGUUACGAUGACAAUAAAUAUGAUAUCGUAUUCCUCUGGAAUUAUUGCUAGACAUUAUUGUAAACCUUUGUAAGGAAUGAUUUUUACACUGAAAUGCAUUAUGAUCAUAUUUGAGGCAAAUGACGUUGAAACAAAUAAACGAGAACUCCAUUUAAUACAUCCGCUUUGUCUGUUUUUAAACCACAUAAGUCUCUACAUUUCUCCUUUAUUCUUCUGUUUGAAGAAAAAAAAAAACAUGAAUUUUACAUUUUUACAAUGUAAUCAGCUGUUUCACAUUGGAAUUUACGUGGGAUUCACACAAAAAAUGUUAGAAAACCAAAUCGUUGCUGUCCUUCCGAAACCUCAGAUGUUCACUUUCACUGUUUUCCAGGAAGUGGAAUAAACACUGUACUUUUUUAAAUGCUUUGUAUUGGUUAGAUAUUUGCAAAACCCAGUGACAAACAAAGGAUGACUGAAAAAAAUGUAUGGCAAAAAAUGUGGAGAUACCAGGUUUUAGAAGGAGAGCAGCGAAAUGUUGUU